AUGCACUACUCACACAUCACCUUCGCCCUCACUCUCGUCGGCCCCAUCACCAGCGCCACACCCAUUACCCUCGACGCAUCGACCUUCGCUGCUUCAUUCCCUAUCCGCCAGCUGAGCGUUCCCGGCACCGGCAUGCGCCCGAAUAGCACACUCCCGAGCCACGCCUUCCGCGCGCUCGCGCCACGGCAGGAGUUCCCUGCAAACUUUCUCCUCUGCCAGUUUGUCAACUGCCAGGGCUGUUCGUCUUUCCCUAUUCAAGGGGAGGUCGAAGACACGUGCAUUGCGCCGGAGUUCGAGUACGUGUCGGCCGCGAUCGCCCAGCCGAGCAACCAAGGCCUCCCUUUGAUCUUCGACGUGGGCACCACUGGUUGCCAGAUGAUCGCUACGAUCCCGCAAGUCAACGUAUGCUUCAACCUCAACGGCAAUUCGAGUCCUUUCUACAGCUUCGCCAUCGUGGCCCCGCCGCCGAAUAACUAA